AUGUGGAAAUCAUCAACCCUUUUUCUGUUAACUAUUGCUGUUUGUUUGGUUGUUUCAUUCUCCGCCGGAAUCCAACCAAUUCUUUCCUGCCCGAAGGACUAUGUUCAGACAGGGAAAGUCUGUUUAAGAGUGGAGUAUGCUGAAUUUGUGAUUGAUUGUCCCAAAGGAGCAAAAUUGGAUGGAAAUCAAUGUGUCACUCAUCAAACCAUUCCAGCUGAGUCCGCAUGUCCACCCGGAUUCGAGCCAACGCGGGACAAAAGAUGUGAACGCACCGAACGCUUUCCCGCUCGUCGAGAAUGCGAUAAAGAUUUUGUUCUGGAGGACGGUUCAUGCGUUCGAGUGACUGAGGAAGAAGUCCAUUGGAAUUGUCCCAAGGGAUACAAAAGUGAAGGAGUGUCUUGCGUGAAAGUCCUUAAGGUCGAGGCAGGAGCGUCGUGUCCAGCAGGAUCUGUUGCAAGGAAGGAUAAAUGUGAACGAGAAGAGUUUACCGAACCCCAUGUUUCAUGUCCCAAAGAUUAUGUUCGAAUCGAUCGCGAGUGUGUGAAAGAAGAAUUUGGGGAGAGAAAGGCGCAAUGCGAGAAGGGAUUCAAACAAGAAGGAAAUAUUUGUGUGAGAAAAUUCGAAGUCGCUGCGUCGGAAUUUGUCUGUCCGCCGGAUACAAACCCGAAAGGAAAGCGAUGCGAGGCGGUUGAAGUGACAGUGCCUGUCCCAGUUUGCAAAAAGGGUUUCUCACUCGAAGGAGAUCGCUGCGUUCGAUUCGAAGAACAUUCUCCAGAUUUUGAAUGUGAAAGGGGAUUUAAGAAAGUUGAUAAUGGACGUUGUGAGAGACGUGUGGAUGUGGAAGGAGAACAUGUUUGUCCUCCUGGAUCAAUCGGUGAUGGGAAAAGAUGCUCGAGUACAGAAACGUUGCCGUUGGUCGAAAGUUGCUCGAAGGACUUUGAUGAAAGAAAUCAUCGUUGUGUUCGUCGGUUGACAAAGAAAUUGGAAAUUCAUUGUCCCAAAGGAUUCAAGGAAGAUGGCAGAGAUCGAUGCUUGUUGGUAACAGAAGCUCGGAUGGAUUACACUUGCCCAGAAGGAACAGUUUUACGUGGAAAGAAUUGUGAAGCUGUUGAAGUGGUUGAAGCAUCGAUGAGUUGCAAGAAGGGAAGAUUAGAGAAUGGGCGAUGUCUUGACGUCGCAAAUAGAGCAGCAAAAUUCAGUUGUCCCAAAGGAUUUAAGAAAGAAGGAGAUUCUUGCGUUUCGACGAGCAUUGGGAAAGCAGAAACAAUUUGCCGUGAAGGAACUCCAACAAAGGACAAAUGCGAGAUAUCAAUCGCUGUCGAGUCAAUUCAGUCAUGUCCCAAAGGAUUUGUUGUUGGGAUUUCUGGCAAGUGUCAAAAAGCUCAUGCUAUCGACGCCAAACAUUCAUGUCCCCCCGGGCACAAAGUUAGAACGUGGAAUGUGUUUGGAACGUAA